UGCAAGUUGACGACAUUGCUGCGCGUCCCAACGGCGGUUGGUCACUGUUUAUCAAGCACGUAUAAUUUCUCGUUUUCCGAGUUUUUUAAUUCAUGAAUAAAAAAACUUGUGGUUUGUUACGAUAACAUUUAAAGAUCAAUGGAAGAACAGGAUACGAAUUCCAGUCGAUCAGAAUCAACGAUCAGUGACUUGACGGCGACCCAAGAAUUGGAAUUCUUGCAAAAACUUUAUGCAGAGCUGAAAAAUUAUUACGCUCUGUUGAAAAUUGUAAGGGCAGAUUUGGAGAAAGUUGCAGAAAAUUUCUCUGUUUUAAGCGAAAGAUAGGCUAGAAGGGAAAGGACUAAGAAAUCAGAAAAAAAAGAAAAAGUAGACUCUCCUAUCAAAACUUUUUACCCAAGGACGAUAUCUGAACAAUAAAAAAAUGACAAGUAGAAAGAGCCUGAUGCAUCCAGUCGUGGAGGAGUUGAGGAAUGGCACGCCCUCGGUGUCUUCCCCGCUUCGCAGAAGAUCAAGUAUAGCACAACAUAGACCGGUAUCAACAGAUCUCGAGGAGAAUGACGAUGAAGCAGAACGUUUGGUACGACGUCGUGAAAAAAAUCAGUCCUCUGGAUCGUUACAAGAUAAGAGGCGAUCAAUGGACUUGGGUUUGGUGGCACAAAUGUCACAUCCUCAGAUAGCAGAGAAAGUAUCACAGUGUAUAAAGUUGAGCACAGAAAACAAGAUCAAUAUGAAAAACGCUUUCAGUUUAGAAAUGAUUGAUUUCAUGUCUUACAUGAUAAAAAAAAAAGAUGGAAAUAUGAGCAAUUUACAAGUGGCUAGUACAUCACUGGAUGUGAGCACGAAAAUCUAUGGUUUUCGUGUGGACGGCGUUCACACUGAUAUUUUGAAAAUGGCUGGCGCAAUGCACGACAAUAAAGAUAAAGACGACGGAAGGAAAGAUCAGGGAGGAGAUGAUGAAAAUAUGGAAACUGGCGAAGGUGAAGAAGCGGCAGGGACUCAGAAUAGGGUAAAGAAAAAACGAAAGAGCAAGCAAAAGCUUAUUGUGGCAGCAUCAGCUGUGAAAGGAAUAGUGGAAACUGUUAAUCCGGCAUCUCUGAUGUUCAGCGAAGCUGAUUCUCAAACAACAGAUUUAUUAUAUCUCGCGAUAUUACCUUAUCACGCGAACAAGGAUAUUUAUCUGAAUCUGCAUAACGAUGUGAUUCUCGAUAGGGUGGAUCCAACGAAAGAACUAAACAUUGAUUCUACUGUUCUUCGAUGCCCAAAAAUAAGGUCAUUCAACGAUGACGAUAUGUGCCAGUCGUUUGCCAAUUUUGAUUUUCUUGGCUGGUCUCCCGACGAUGAAGCCGAAUCUUUAAGUCCUGGAAAGUCACAAUCGUUUCACGAAGAUUUACAGUUCGAUUUGGACGCAAGUUUGCCACCCAACGAGGAGUCCAAUCACACUGGAGUGAAUUAUUUUGACAUAGAAGAGGAUGAGAAUAUGGAGAACAUGGACCGAUGUCGUGGUCCGCUCAACCGCAGCAGGCAGGCCAUUGUCGAUUUGAGACAAGUUGUACAAGCUUCAAAACACCACAAAAACUCGGAGUAUUCAUAUUUUCUGGGAAAUCUCGAUUUCCAAUGGGACGGACCGUCUCAUUGGAAAAUCAAAUUCGCUAAUAAGAAUCUUGGGGGAAGUAGAAUCGUCGAGGGUUGCGCGCAGGAAGCUAUCAAGCGGAGAAAAGAAUUGGUGCUUACCUACAACGACGAGAUGACAGAAAUUUGUGAUAACAAAUUCGACACCACCCGUAACAAUUGUCUCAAAUUACAGUCCAAAACGACAAAGAAUUAUUGGUCAGAGGAAAAAUUAACUUUGCCGCAAGAUAUCCAUUAUGAUUCUGCGAAAUGUUCCCAAUUCUAUCUCAGGUGUAUUUCGGUCAAUGUAUCCCAGAAAGAUCGAAUGAACGCUACUCACGUGUCUGACGAAGUGGGUGACUACGAUUACAAUAACGAGCUCGACACGACCGAUUAUUGUCCCAACAUCGGAACUGAUGAUCAACCACCAAACGAAGAUGGAAUUCAUAACACCGGUGGAUUUGACGGAGCUGAUGAAAUGACCCCUAUGACUCAGGCAUUCACCGGCGACAAUCUCGUAGAAGCUCCGAAAGUGAACAGUAAAAUUUUCAUUCCUUUCUCACAACGUGCCAAAAAAAUCGAUAUGCGACAACUCAAAAAAUCUAUAUGGAAACAACUCUCAGCUUUAGACAUUCAGAGAGAAAACAUUGAACCACAAAGUUCCCUUGCGUGCUCAGAAAAAAUGGUUGGGACUAAGAAUUUCAAUGCCAUUUAUAAAAAUCUACCUAAAAUGCUGAGCAAAACCAACAGCGAAGCCCUCAGCUUUCCCAUCGCCGUUAUAUCCCUGCUACAUAUCGCCAAUGAAAAGUGCCUUGAAAUCAAAUCCAACGAAGAUUACUCCGACCUCAUUAUACGACAGAACUGAACUUUUAUCAAAUAAUUUAGUUUCAUUAUCAAAUACGAAUAUUUUUUAUUUCGCAAAAAUAUUUGGAAUAUAUCUUCAAUAUAAGGAGAUCCAAUUAAAAACAAAGUUUUGUUGUAUAUUAUAAAUCAACGAUAUACAGUCUAGGAGUAUAAUGUAUUAAGAUCACAGUGCAAAAAGCCAAUCAACCAUUUCGAUUGAUAUUGGCCAACAGAACAAAUGAUAAAUAUAUAUGAUUCCAGUUCAACAAAGUGUCAAUUUUUCAUU